CCUGUGCAUCGUGUAAAAAAGGACCUCCCAUUGAUUGAUCUCCACUACACUCCCUGCUGACCGAGAGAAAACAUUUUGCAGCUGCGGGGCCGAGCCGGAGGACGCGAGCAGACUUUAGCAGCUUUUACCGAGCGUCCGUCGACGGAACACGACCUUUUUUUACCCUGCUUGGACGUCGCCACUGUUGGAUGUUUUCUCCCUCACUUCCGGUUAGCUUUGUGCUAGCACGAUGCUAACGGAGGCGCUAGUUUAGUUUGUUGGCGUCGCCAAAGGGCUGCAGAAGCAACAUUGUCAUUUAAGAUAUAUUUGCACGGUUAAUAUUGUCUUUAGCACGCUUUAUUUUCGUAACCGCGCACGGUAGCUUAGCCAUGUUGCUACUGUGGGGGAUUUAACUCGCCAUUGACACAUAUAUGUGCCAGCAAUACGUCGGAGAGAGAAGUUGAACAAUUCCGAACGUAAAUAGUUAUCAAUGCUUCCUAUAUUACAAAUAAAAUAUGCAACCCGAAACUUGACAGCUCGUGUCGACGUGUUAGAAAGUGUCAAAAAAAUAAAGAACCAUUCAGGGAUAAUUACUGAUUGCCCCUGAACGCACCAUUGGUUGUAGGUACUCGGGGUAAAACAUCUUAAAUUCACCAAAACGAAUAAAUAAGACUCAGGGGAAGUGUGUUUUUGAAUUCAGAACGUAAAUAGUUAUCAGUGCUUCCUAUCUACUAAUAAAAUAGUCAACCUGAAGCUUGACAGUUCGUGUCGAUGGUUUAAGUGUCAAAAAACAAAACAAAACAGUUGAUGGAUAAUUAGUAAUUGCUCCUGAACGCACCAUUGGUUGCAGGCACUCGCGUUAAAACCUCUUAAAUUCACCAAAACACGGAUAAAUAAGACGUAGAGGAAAGUGUGUGUCUAAAUUCCGAACGUAAAUAGUUAUCAGGGUUUUCUAUCUUACAAAUAAAAUAGGCAAUCCAAAACUUGACAGCUCGUGUCGACGGUUUUAAAGUGUCAAAAAAAACAAAUUAGUUGAUUGAUAUUUACUGAUUGCCCAUGAACACACCAUUGUUUGCAGGUACUCGCGUUAAAACCUCUUAAAUUCACCAAAACACGAAUAAAUAAGACGCAGAGGGAAGUUAUCGGUGCUUCCUAUCUUACAAAUAAAACAGGCAACCCGAAACUUGACAGCUCGUGUCGACGGUUUAAAAGUGUCAAAAAACAUAACAAAACUGUUGAUGGAUAAUUAGUAAUUGGCCCUGAACGCACCAUUGGUUGCAGGAACUCGCGUUAAAACAUAUUAAAUUCACCAAAACACAAAUAAAUAAGACUCAGAGGGAAGUGUGUGUUCAAAUUACGAACGUAAAAGGUUAUCAGUGCUUCCUAUCUACUAAUAAAAUAGGCAACCUGAAACUUGACAGCUCGUGUCAACGGUUUAAAAGUGUCUAAAAACAAAACAAAACUGUUGAUGGAUAAUAAGUAAUGCCCCUGAACAUACAAUUGGUUGCAGACACUCGCGUUAAAACCUCUUAAAUUCACCAAAACACGAAUAAAUAAGACACGGAGGAAAGUGUGUGUCUAAAUUCCGAACGUAAAUAGUUAUCAGUGUUUUCUAUCUUACAAAUAAAAUAGGCAAUCCAAAACUUGACAGCUCGUGUCGACGGUUUUAAAGUGUCAAAAAAACACAAAAUAGUUUAUUGAUAUUUACUGAUUGCCCAUGAACGCACCAUUGGUCUCGUUAAAACCUCUUAAAUUCACCAAAACACGAAUAAAUAAGACGCAGAGGGAAGUGUGUGUUUAAAUUACGAACGUAAAUAGUUAUCAGUGCUUCCUAUCUACUAAUAAAAUAGGCAACCUGAAACUUGACGGCUCGUGUCGACGGUUUAAGUGUCAAAAAACAAAACAGUUGAUGGAUAAUUAGUAAUUCCCCCUGAAUGCACCAUUGGUUGCAGGCACUCGCGUUAAAACCUCUUAAAUUCACCAAAACACGAAUAAAUAAGACGCAGAGGAAAGUGUGUGUAUGAAUUCCAAACGUAAAUAGUUAUCAGUGUUUUCUAUCUUACAAAUAAAAUAGGCAACCCAAAACUUUUGACAGCUCGUGUCGAUGGUUUAAAAGUGUCAAACAAAAACAACCCAAAUAGUUGAUUGAUAUUUAGUAAUUGCCCCUGAACGCACCAUUGGUUGCAGGCACUCGCGUUAAAACCUCUUAAAUUCACCAAAACACAAAUAAAUAAGACGCAGAGGGAAGUGUGUGUUCAAAUGAAUUAUCAGUGCUUCCUAUCUUACAAAUAAAAUAGCCAACCUGAAACUUGACGGCUCGUGUCGACCUUUUCAAAGUGUCCCCAAAAAAUUUAAAGAGCUGCUAAUGGGUAAUUAGUAAUUGCUCCUGAACGCACUUGGUUGCAGGCACUCGCGUUAAAACCUCUUAAAUUCACCAAAACACGAAUAAAUAAGACGCAGAGGGAAGUGGUCUAAAAGGGAGGAUCCUGUCCUGUUUCUGAGUCUUUGGGCUACUUUUCCUCCUCCUCCUCCACCACCACCACCCUCCUACUUUCCUCGGCCAGCCGGUCAUGGACCCCCCGAGAACAAGAUCUCGCUCUCGGUCAGGCUACUACCAUUUCCCCAUGAACACCCCUGGAAGCAACAACGGCGGCAACACGCUCAGUAACGGGAGUUUGGUGAACGCCGCCGGUGGAGGGGCGAUGAGCUACCCGCAGCAGAGCACCGCCGGCUGGCCGCCGCACCUCAGCAGCCGAGGCUACCCGGAGAACCCGCAGCAGCAGCAGCAGCAGCAGCCCGUGAGCUUCCUGUCCUCCGGGACACAGCGGCUUGUCGCUCACCGGCACCCUGGAACUGGAGGAGUGCUGCAUUUCCAUGCAGAUAAUGUGUUCAGUGACGAUCGAGACAAAAUGGAAGACAGCCCAAGCCCAAAAAGGCAGCGCCUUUCCCAGCAGUCCUUUUUAGAGCUAAGCUCUGCCCCUCCUUCCACCCCGUCCUCUCCCAUUCGCCCCUGGGAGCUUCCUCCCAGUCGCAGACCUCACACCCACUACGCACCGGAGAGAUGUCACACGCCUGUGCGGAAUCGACGAAGCCCGCAAAUGCGGCGCCCUCGGGGCCGAAGAGACCGCCUGACGCGCCACCACCACACACACAGCCAUCACCACCACCCCCACCACCAUUACAGCAGCAACAACAACCACCACCACCACCUGCACGCCCACCACGGCGGCCUGCCAUCAGUAGGCCACCAGGAUGAGAACUACCGCCACCAAGCCCCACUUCAGGGCUACCAACCCUACGGCCAGCAGAGCCCCAGAGGGCCGGGUAUAGAGGAGCGCCAAGGUUACCAUCCCCCGAACCUCUCCCCCAGGCCUCAUCAUCCCUCGUCAAACCUGUCGCCACGUCUCCUGCAUCCCGCGGCACAUCCGCAGCAACCCCACCCGUCGCAGCAGCAGAACGGCGGGCUGCUAGAACUCCAAGAGCAGGGUUCAGCUCCGGUUUCAUACCCCGUGUCUCUCUCGGGGGCUCCACCUGGCCUGCCGCCUCGUUCAGCCUCGCAACAAAUCCCAGCAUGCUCUGUAGUCUUCAGUGGACAGCAUUACCCCGUCUGCAGCGUCCCUCCUGUCUUGCAAACGUGCUCUGUGCAGCACCUUCCUAUUCCCUACCCCUUCCCCUCUCUGCUGUCCAGUGACCCCACCUUCCUCCUCCCUCCUCCCCACCUCCCUCAUCCUCCCACACACCUUUCCCACCAUGCACCUCACCUGCCGCAACCUGGCCAGUUUGGACCCUACACGACGCAGCAGGCCCGAUCACCAUUGCAGAGGAUAGAGAACGACGUGGAGCUUCUGGGAGAACACCUGUCUUUGGGGGCGGGGCUCCACUACCCCCCUGCCACCCACCCAGCGCUCACCCCACACUCCACUCAGCUCCACUUCCUCUCCCAUGAGCCCCUGCCUCAGGAGUUCUUUGGAGUGUCCUACCCGAACUUCAUCUCUCGCCGUCUGGCCGGGCGACGGUACCGCUCGCAGCAGCCACUACCCCCUUCGCCUUACCACCCCAGCCUCCUGCCUUACUUCCUAUCCAUGCUGCCAGUCCAGCCCACUGGUCCUGCAAUCAGUCUGGAGUUGGAUGUGGACGAUGGAGAGGUUGAAAAUUAUGAGGCUCUCCUUAAUCUCGCCGAGCGUCUCGGUGAGGCCAAACUCCGAGGUCUGACCAAGGGAGACAUUGAGCAGCUUCCUUCUUAUCGCUUCAACCCAAACAACCACCAGUCGGAACAAACACUCUGCGUGGUGUGUAUGAGUGACUUUGAGUCUCGACAACUGCUGCGAGUUCUCCCCUGCAGCCACGAGUUCCACGGCAAGUGUGUGGACAAGUGGCUGAGGGCCAAUCGGACGUGUCCCAUCUGCCGAGCCGACGCCUCGGAGGUUCAGAGAGACUCUGAAUGAUCACACUCCAAUAUAGAAUGUCUUAGACCUGUUCAGCACUGCCUGUCUCCUCUCUUUGGACAUGAGCGGUGUUGCAGACACACAUCACUUCCUCAGCAUACUCCUCCUUAUCUCGUGUGUGUGUGUGUGUGUGUGUGUGUGUGUGUGUGUGUGUGUGUGUGUGUGUGUGUGUGUGUGUGUGUGUGUGUGUGUGUGUGUGUGUGCGUGUGCGCGUGUGUCACAUACAACUUCUCAUGAGCGAGUGAUUCUAUUCUUCUUUCAUGCACUAUUUGUCUUUAUGUACAUACAGUAUUCCGUGUGUGUUAUGAAAUGAAAUGCUCUUCCUCUACUUUGACAUGAAGGGUCCACCCCCCCACUAUUCUACCAAGUCAGUGUGUUUCUGUCUAUAAAGCUGAUGGGUGGGCAACUUUUUUUCCUUUUUUUAUACCGCGAGUGAGUGAUAGUCCUGCCUGGCAUUUACCUCAUUCCUGUCUUAACUUGUUACUAGCACUUCACAGCACUCAUUCAGAACUAAGCACAUAUAUAUAUUUGGGUCCCUUUUAUUUUCUUAGUUUGUGACUUUGCAGUGGCACAUGAUAUAUAAAUAUAUCUAUAUAUAUAUACUGUAUAAAUGUAUGAAUCUGUAUACCAAAUAAAAGACUUGAUAUGAACUUUUA